AUGGAGUUGGAGUCGGAUGUGGCGGCGGUAGUCUCGCAGGCGUGUGAACUCGUCCGGCAACUCGACGCGGCGAUCGGCCCUCCGCCCUUCACCGCCCCGUCGCCGCCCGCCGCCCGCACAAUCGCCCUCGAACUCGUCCGGCUCCUGCGCGCAGUGAACAGCAGCGGCCGCACCGCCAUGCUCGCCGCACACAACGAGAUAACCCGCACACUCCCAGUACUCUGCGCCGCCCUCACUACAGGCGCCGUGGAUCGGCAACCGUGUAAAUUGCUUAUGGAACUGCUGCUCGAGGCACUUGUCUAUGUGCAUGCCAUCUCUUUAUAUCCACUUCAGUCUACAUUGAAGGAUGCAUUGGAGGUGUUGCCCCAGUCACCUGUGACAUUUAGGCUAUUUGUCGUAGCUGGUGCUAUUGAUGUGGAUAAGAUGCGAUCAUUCCUUGGUAUCCCACAAGAACCAAAAAAAGAUCAAGAAAAAGGAAAUUCAUCCAAAAAGAAACGACAAUCAGCGAAUCAAAAGAAAAAUGUACCACAAGAAAUGAAUAGUAUUGGAACAAAUAAAAUGAUUGAAGUACCUAGAGAAAUACUUAAUGUAGCUCUUGAUGUGGUUCUUCCUCAGGAUUGUAUAAAAGUUUUUAUUUCACUCUUUGAUAGUUCAAGUAAGUUUCAGUAUAUGGUGAGAAAUGAUACUGAAUUAGCAACUCGAGUUCUUAAUGUAUAUGGUGAUUAUAUUCUUCCAAGUUUACGACCAACAUCUUUUAUUGAUUGUUUAGGUGUUUCUCUUCUUGAUAUCUUUGUUGAUGUGGUUAAAAUGAAUGGAGAAAAUAUGUCACUACUUACAGAUUCUGUUUUAACGAAAAUUUCUGUUACCGAGUGGAGCACCGAACGGUUGGUGCAUCUUAUACGUUACUGUGUAGAACGAAAAGUUUGCAAAGAUGAGGCCUUUGCAAGUCUUGUAGUUUACACUUUUAUUUAUAGGUUAUUACUUCUAGUAAGUGAAGUACAUGAUUUGACAUGGUUUCCAAUAGAAGAUGAAGCGAAGUUGUUUGGUGCGGUAUUACAUGCUGCAGAAAUAAUGCCAUUUAGUACAGGGAUAUUACCAACUAUAGAAGAAGAACGUCUUAUCAAACCAUUAAGUAUACUUGCGGAGGGUAUUAAAAGAAGACAUACAAUAACUUCCUUAACAAAGGUAUCAUCUAUUAUAUCAUAUGGGACUAUUACUACUGUUUUGAAAAUGCUUAAAGAAUCUCUUGAUGCAAAGUUAAAGCCACCAUGUAACACCACCACCACCACUACAACAGGAAGUAGUAAGAAGAAGAAAGGAUCAAAGAAUAAUUCUAAAAAAACUGUGGUACCUCCAGUAACAACAACUACAUCAUCAUCAUCAUCAUUGUCAGUUUCUUUUACUAAUGCCGUAGAUGAUUAUUGUAAGAUGAUGAUGGAGUCAAUUUCUCUUCUCUUAUGGUUAUCUCCAGAUGAAAUGGUAAAAUCAAAUUCAGGUUUAGUGUGCAAUACAUUAGAAUCUGUGGCUGCUCUACUUCUUCCUACUACCCCUACUACUGUAGAAGAAAAAACACGGAGAAUGCCUCAAACAAGUACCUGGGAAUGUUUUUUAAAUCUUCUUUUAUCAAUUUUAAACAUGCAAAAUAUGAAUUCUACUACAUUUAUAUUAAGUCAAAAGGGUAAAGCAGCAUUACUUUUGGCUGUUCAAGCUACACAUAGACUUGAAGUUUGUGGUAUUCUUGCACAACGUAUGCCUAAUAUCUACGCUGCUAACUCUUGGUCGCCUAGUAAUUAUAAAGUGUUGCUUGAUGCUUGGAUCACAGCUAACACUCAUGUAGAGAAAUUCUAUUUACCUAUCUUUACUCUUACAUCUAUAGAGUCAAUUGAACUUAUUCUUGCUCUUAUGGAUGAUGCUUAUCUCAUGGAAUUAGUGCAAUUACUCUUAAAUACCGAGUCAAGUCUAAUUACACUCAUUCCUGCACUUAAAAAAGUGAUAUUAUCAGAGGAUAAAUCUAAUAAUUCAUUGGGUAAAGAAUUAACGGGACUCUCUCGAUUGUAUGAAUCUCUUCUUAAAACCCAAGAAGGUCGAGCUAGAACACUGGAGGAAGAGCAGCAAAAGAAAGAAACUGAAAAAAGGAUCCGCGUGUUGGAAGCUAUACAAGAAAAGGAAGAACUCUUAGCAAAUACUAAGGAAUUUGAAAGAGAGGCUCAGAAACGACGUGAGGCGAAGGAAGAAGAACAGAUGCGUAUUCAAAGAAUAAGGGAAGAACGACAGCGAGAAAAAGAACGGAAACGAGAGCAAGAACGAAAGGAACAACAGGUACGACGACAAAAGGCCGCCGCCUUAGUUAAAGAAAUGGCUUUAAGGACAAAAGUUGAACGUCUUGCAGAACAGCAAGAACGACUUCAACGUUAUCGUGCACGAGUUUCCUCAAUGACACGCAUGUCCACUUUUUUGGAGAGUGUGCAAUUAACACCAUCAAGGAUUAUGCAAGUCUUGUUAGCACUUCGACCGUAUCUUCCAAGUAUGACACAUGAUGAUUUAUUAGAAUUUGUGGUAACAGGAAAUCGAAAAGUACCUAAUGAUAUGCAUACUGUUGAAAAUGUGGAUUCUAGUGGAAACUUGAAAUCUCCAGAUAAGGAAGAAAGGGUUUGUUUUAGUGAUGAAGUUCCAUCAUUUUGGGAUAGUGUUAUGCAGCUUGUUGCACAAGAGUCAGGUACUGAUACAGGUAAUACACUUGAAUUUGUAGAAAAAGAAAAUGAGAAAGAAACCUAUAAUGAUGUUAAGGAUAUUGGUGUCUCUUUUCAUAAAAGAGUACGUAUUGUCCUUGAUCUUUUUGACUAUUCAACAGGGACGAAUGAAGCGUUACCUGAUUUACUUCCUUCUCUUAAUAUACGUCAUGCUGUGAGACUGCUUAACAGUAACAAGAUGUUUAAUGGGCAAGAAUUAUUGUUAUCAUGUCAACAACGGGGAUUGUGUGUUAUGAAUAAUGGUGUCUGUACACUUACUGCUUUGGGUUUUCGCUAUCACUUUCCAUUUCAUGAUCCAGAGAUGAUGCUUGAUAUUCAAUUCGAACGAAGACGUGCGGAGGUUCGGGCGAUGCUGGCAGAUGUGGAACCUGAUGAUAGUGAUGAUUAUGAGGAUGAGGAGAGUAUGAACUCAUCCUAUCAGGAAGAAGAAGAGGAAGAUGAUGAUGUUGUUUGUUUUGCAGAUGAACUUAUUUGA